GGUCAUCUUUCUGAGGGCUUGGUGACUAAAUGGUACCGGUCUCCUCGCCUGCUGCUCUCUCCUAACAACUACACCAAGGCCAUCGACAUGUGGGCCGCCGGAUGCAUCUUCGCUGAGAUGCUCACCGGGAAAACACUCUUCGCAGGUCAGUCACGCGCACUCUCAUACUGGUGACCCGUGAGGCAGGUGACUGUGCCACUGAACUGUGGGGCAGAAAUAUAGGUCACAGGAUUCAUGGCACGUGUGUUCUGGCAGAGCUAACACACACACACACACCUCACGCUCUCUGAUUCACAUAGCGUAACUGAUAUGGGGCAGGCAGUUUUAAGUGGUGCCACAGGGUUUGGAUAUGGAGCUGCUAGUCUAUAUCAGUGUAUUUAACUUUGGGGGGGGGGGGGUGUAACUUUGAAAGUUAGCUAGCUAACUGAGGUAACAUUGGGAGUUGGCUAGCUAACUGAGGUAACAUUGGGAGUUGGCUAGCUAACUGAGGUAACCUGGAGAGUUGGCUAGCUAACUGAGGUAGCCUGGAGAGUUGGCUAGCUAACUGAGGUAACCCGGAGAGUUGGCUAGCUAACUGAGGUAACCCGGAGAGUUGGCUAGCUAACUGAGGUAACCCGGAGAGUUGGCUAGCUAACUGAGGUAACCCGGAGAGUUGGCUAGCUAACUGAGGUAACCCGGAGAGUUGGCUAGCUAACUGAGGUAACCCAGAGAGUUGGCUAGCUAACUGAGGUAACCCGGAGAGUUGGCUAGCUAACUGAGGUAACAUUGGGAGUUGGCUAGCUAACUGAGGUAACCCGGAGAGUUGGCUAGCUAACUGAGGUAACCCGGAGAGUUGGCUAGCUAACUGAGGUAACCCGGAGAGUUGGCUAGCUAACUGAGGUAACCCGGAGAGUUGGCUAGCUAACUGAGGUAACAUUGGGAGUUGGCUAGCUAACUGAGGUAACCCGGAGAGUUGGCUAGCUAACUGAGGUAACCCGGAGAGUUGGCUAGCUAACUGAGGUAACAUUGGGAGUUGGCUAGCUAACUGACUGAAUCUUGUGCUUAAUGACCAGACUGAAAGGAAUCAGGUCCUGUUUUUAGAGUCUUUGGUAUCACUCACUCGACUGGGGAUCGAACCCCCAACCUUUCAAUCUCAGGGUGGAUACUAACCACAAGGCCACUGAGUUGGGUGAUCCGACAGUUGGGUGUAAAUGAACCCUGUGUUAUCCUGUAAUAACCUGUGUUUUUAACCCUGUCUGAACCUGUGUUCUGCAGGAGCCCACGAGCUUGAGCAGAUGCAGCUGAUCCUGGAGUCCAUCCCUGUGCUGAGAGAAGAGGACAGACAGGAGUUACACAGUGUUAUCCCCGUCUUCAUACACAGUGACAUGUCCCAGCCACACAACCCGCUGGACAAGCUACUGCCUGACGUCAGCCCACAGGGUGAGUCUAGACACACACACGCACUUAUGUAGACAAAUACACAGUGACGUACACACACACACACACACACACACACACACUGAACAAACUGCUGCCUGACAUCAUACCACCAGGUGAACACACAUACAGGGUGGCGCAGCGGUCUAAGGCACUGCAUCUCAGUGCUUGAGGCGUCACUACAGAACCCCUGGUUCGAUUCCAGGCUGUAUCACAACCGGCCGUGAUUGGGAGUCCCAUCGGGCGGCGCACAAUUGGCCCAGCGUCGUCCGGGUUUGGCCGGUGUAGGCCGUCAUUGUAAAUAAGAAUUUGUUCUUAACUGACUUGCCUAGUUAAAUAAAGGUAAAAUAAAAAAAUAGACACACAAAACCCCAUACAUGCCACUCUGUACCAUGGUAAAUGCUAAACUUCCCUUCCAGCCCUGGACUUCCUGCAAAAGAUCCUGACCUUUAACCCCAUGGACCGUCUGACAGCAGAAGAGGCCCUAGCCCACCCCUACAUGUCCGACUACUCCUUCCCCCUGGACGAACCCAUCUCCCUGCACCCUUUCCACAUAGAGGACGAGGUGGAUGAUAUCCUACUGAUGGACCAGGGCCACAGCCAUACCUGGGACAGGUACAUAGAGACAUACUGUAGUAUACAGUCACUUCCACCUGGGCUCCAUAGCUAGCUAGUUAUAGAAGAGGCUUUCUUUACUGUGGAUGUCAAACUCAGGGGUUUGUGCUUGGCUUGUCUAACUCUGUCUCUCUCUCUCUCUCUCUCUCUCCCCUCCAUCAGGUACCGUGACAGCCAGCUUUCAGAAGGGGACUGGCACCUCCACACCCACAGCACUCUGGACACUGACGAGGUGCAGGUGGACCCUCGGGCUCUGUCUGACCAAACUGAUGAGGAGGAGGUCCAGGUAUGGAGAGAGACACAUACACACACACUCCUUCCUCUAGUCACCACCCUAACCCCUGUCCCUCCUACCCCUCCAGGUGGACCCUCGUAAGUAUGCAGACGGAGACAGGGAGUUCCUGGACGAUCCAUCCUACGGCUACUCCUCCCUCUUCACUCCCGAUCGCUCGUGGCCCGACCCCGAUGACGAACACCUCGACCUUCACCACGAGAACAAGUACUGUGACCUGGAGUGUUCCCACACCUGCAACUACAAGGCCGUGUCUCCCUCCUACCUGGACAACCUGAUCUGGAGGGACAGCGAGGUCAACCACUACUACGAGCCCAAGCUCAUCAUAGACCUGUCCAACUGGAAGGAGCAACAGAGUAAAGAGAAACAGGCUGCAGGCAGAGACAAGGAGUACAAAGCCCAGAAGAGCAAGUGUGAGAAGAACGGCCUGGUGAAGGCUCGGAUGUUUCUACAGGUAGAGAAGAGCCAGGGCCCGGUGGAGAAGGACUCCCAGCAGGAGAAGAACCAGACCCAGGCUACUCAACAGAACCAAGGCUUUGACUUUGACUCCUUCAUCGCCGGCACCAUCAAACUGAGCCUGCAAACCGAGCCCAGCGAGGUGGGACUCCUGAGCGAGGUGGGACUCCUGAGCGAGGUUGGAGUGAGCCUCCUGAGCGAGGUGGGCCUCCUGAACGAGCUCAACUCGUCUGUGUCCCAGCUGGAGGCUCCGCGGUCAGGCUCCAUGUCCAAAUCCAUCAGCCAGGAGAAGGAGGAGAAGUGUCUGGUGAACUUUGCUCAGGUCAGCAGCACCGUGGGGACCACUGGGUCUGGGGCGCGUCCCGCUCACCCCUGGGAGAGCUUCGGAGGUGGGGAGAGGGUGGAGGAGGUGAGAGGUGGGGGUCUGAUGGACGAGGCGGGGCACUGGGAUGUUGGGAAAGAGGAGCAGCACCAGAAGGACAGCUCCUACACCAGCUACCUGGACAGACUGUUCAGCAGGAAGGACGAGGGGGGUGGGGAGAGUGCUGCUAGCGCCGCCGACACCCCAGAACCUGAGCCCUCGGAGGUGGGAGGGGAGAGGGAACAGGACGAGGGGGGCUUCCUGGCGCGGAACGGAGAAAUCAUGUUUAACAUGCAGCUGGACUCUCUGGCGCUGCCGGGGUUCGACGCUACGACCGACCUGCCGCUCAAAUCCAUCCAGGCCUCCCUCGCUCCCUCCACUGUCAAAUGCUCGCCUCAGAUCGCCCACACAACCUACAGCAGCUUCUUCAAGCAUCUGAAUUAA